AUGGAGACGCAGAGGUGGUCCGCCAGGUGGAAAACGAAAAGGCGGCUUUUGGACUCAACGCUUACCGCUGUCACCACGCUCCUUUUGCUUGUACAAAUCGCUUCUGUCCGCGCAGCUGAGCCAGUGGACGUCCUAAAGGUGCUAGAUUUCCAAAGUUCUCCAGAUGGCGUACAAAAAACACCGGGAUUCUGCAAAAUGAGGAGAGGAGCCAAACCAGACAUCGCGUACCGAGUGAGCAAACAGGCCCAGAUCAGCGCCCCCACAAACCAGCUCUUCCCAGGUGGAGUUUUCCCAGAGGACUUCUCCAUCAUGUUUACCAUUAAGCCCAAAGCCGGCCUCCAGUCGUUCCUCUUGUCUGUGUACAACCAGCAGGGCCUCCAGCAGUUGGGGGUGGAGGUGGGCCGGGCCCCUGUGUUUCUGUACGAGGACCAACACGGAAAACCUGCCCCCGAGGAGUACCCACUGUUCCGCUCUGUCAACCUGGCUGACGGCAAAUGGCACCGUGUGGCUAUCAGCGUGGAAAAGAAGAGUGUCACCAUGAUCGUGGACUGUAAGAAGAAAGUUUCUCGACCUCUGAGCAGAAGUGACCAGGCUGUGAUCAACACUGAGGGCAUUACUGUUUUUGGCACAAGGAUCCUGGAUGAAGAGGUCUUUGAGGGAGACAUCCAGCAGCUGUUGAUUGUGGCGGACCCUCGUGCAGCUCACGAUUACUGUGAACACUACAGCCCAGACUGUGAGGGCCCGGACCACCACGACACGCCCCAAGCCCAGGAGCCCGAGGAGGACGUGUACACUAACUAUGACUAUGGGGAUGUCUAUGACUACAGUGAAGGAGAGGUCGAAACAGUCCCUCCCCCGACCGAACCAACCAAGACAGAGACGAAUGCAGGAGCUGACUAUUACCCAAGUGAAUAUGACUACACCACAGUGGAUGGAGGUCCCCCUGACGCCAACACAGAUACCGCUGGACAGGAUCAGACUUUUACUGAAGAGAUUGUUGACGAUUACAUCACCGGCGUGGAGCAGGUGGGGGCGGAGCCUACUGCUGCCGUGGAGAAAGCUGAACCUGCCACUGACGUUUACGAGUUCAAAGAGUACGACCUGAAAAACUAUGACAACAAGGAGUUUGUGGAGAAGACCUACGAGUACGGGGACUAUGAGUAUGGCACAGGCCCAGCUAAGCCCACACAAGAAGAGGAGUUUGGGCCCGGCGUACCAGCUGAAACCGACAUCAGAGAGAGCACUGUCCAAGGACAAAGUUACCUGGGAGAGAAGGGGGAGAAAGGAGAACCUGCUGUUAUUGAACCAGGGAUGAUUAUUGAAGGAGCCCAAGGAGCGCCCGGCCAAGCAGGUGUUCCUGGUACCCCCGGACUGCAGGGCCCCCCAGGUGCCUCCGGAGAUCCUGGCGAGAGGGGUCCUCCAGGCCGACCCGGUAUCCCUGGCUCAGACGGCGUGCCGGGGCCUCCAGGUACCAUCAUGAUGCUGCCUUUCAGAGCUGGUGGGGAGUCCCAUAAAGGCCCAGUGGUGUCUGCACAAGAAGCCCAAGCUCAGGCCAUUCUGUCCCAGGCCAGGCUCGCCAUGAGAGGAGCUCCGGGGCCCAGUGGAAUGACAGGGAGGUCCGGGCCUGUGGGAAAUCCUGGUGCCCCUGGACUUAAAGGUGAUGGUGGUGACUCCGGGCCACAGGGACCCAGAGGUCUUCAGGGCCCUACUGGUCUGCCUGGAAAACCCGGGAAAAGAGGCCGUAAUGGUGCAGACGGAGCUCGCGGGCUGUCGGGAGAAUCAGGAGCAAAGGGUGACCGUGGCUUUGAUGGCCUCCCAGGACUUCCAGGAGAGAAAGGCCACAGAGGUGAAAUUGGGUCUUCAGGCCCCCCAGGAUCACCCGGAGAAGAUGGGCCCAGGGGAGAGGAUGGACCAGUUGGGCAAAGAGGUGUGGCUGGAGAGGGUGGUCCCCGAGGCUUGCUUGGUCCAAGAGGCACUGCAGGUCCAUCCGGGCAGCGCGGUAUUCCCGGGUUGGACGGGCAGCCGGGUCCCAAAGGCAACAUGGGACCUCAAGGUGAAUCCGGACCUCCAGGACAGCAGGGCAUGCCAGGCCCCAAUGGUCUGAUAGGCUCUCAAGGCCCGAUCGGUCCUCCCGGAGAAAAAGGACCUCAAGGUAAACAGGGAUUGGCUGGACUUGCUGGCGCGGACGGCCCUCCUGGUCAUCCAGGAAAAGAGGGUCCCACUGGCGAGAAAGGGGCAUCUGGUAACCCCGGACCUCCCGGAACUAUCGGCUACCCUGGACCCCGUGGUGUCAAAGGAGCAGAGGGAAUCCGUGGGCUUAAAGGUGGCAAAGGAGAGAAGGGAGAAGAUGGAUUCCCCGGCUUCAAAGGUGACAUGGGCCUGAAAGGAGACAAGGGUGAAGGUGGAGUCUUGGGCCCCAGAGGAGAGGACGGACCUGAGGGACCCAAAGGCAAAUCGGGACCCAACGGAGAGUCAGGGCCUAUGGGAUCAGCGGGAGAAAAGGGAAAACUUGGAGUCCCUGGAUUGCCUGGUUAUCCCGGAAGACAAGGAUCAAAGGGUUCCACCGGUUUCAAUGGAUUUCCAGGAGCAAAUGGAGAGAAGGGAGCAAGGGGGAUUGCCGGUAAACCUGGCCCAAGAGGACAGCGCGGACCAACGGGGCCUCGUGGUGGUCGUGGAGCCAGGGGACCUACAGGAAAACCAGGACAAAAGGGCAACUCUGCGAACGAUGGACCACCCGGACCGCCAGGAGAGAGGGGACCUAAUGGACCCCAAGGACCAGUUGGUUUCCCUGGACCUAAAGGACCCAAUGGGCCAGCGGGAAAAGAUGGACUCCCCGGACAUCCAGGCCAGAGAGGAGAGACGGGUUUCCAAGGAAAAACUGGACCUCCAGGACCAGGUGGAGUGGUUGGACCAAUGGGUCCCACUGGAGAGACUGGCCCGGGUGGAGAGAGAGGACACCCAGGAACCCCAGGCCCUCCCGGUGAACAAGGUCUGCCUGGAUCUGCCGGCAAAGAGGGAGGAAAGGGAGACCCAGGCCCCAUGGGUAUUUCUGGCAAAGUCGGUCCCCAGGGUCUGAGAGGUUUCCAGGGCGUGAGGGGUCUUCCCGGAGCUAUGGGUCCGGCCGGUCUGAAAGGAGGAGAAGGGCCUCAGGGUCCCCAGGGCCCCCUUGGUUCUCCCGGAGAGAGAGGUGCUGCAGGUCCAGGAGGUCCCAUUGGAACUACAGGACGCAAUGGACCCCAAGGACCCCCCGGCCCAGCAGGAGAGAAGGGAGGACCUGGAGAGAAGGGUCCGAUAGGUCCAGCUGGCAGGGAUGGUAUCCAGGGUCCUGUGGGUCUGCCCGGUGCUGGAGGUCCUCAAGGGCCUCCUGGAGAGGAUGGAGACAAGGGUGAAGUUGGCGGACCGGGACAGAAGGGAAGCAAAGGAGACAAGGGUGAAGGCGGUCCCCCAGGCCCUAGCGGUCUUCAGGGCGUGAUCGGAGCUCCAGGGCCAGCUGGUACCGACGGUGAGGCAGGUCCCCGGGGACAACAAGGGAUGUUUGGGCAGAAAGGAGACGAAGGACCCAGAGGUUUCCCCGGACUUCCAGGACCCAUCGGACUGCAAGGCUUGCCGGGGCCUCCUGGUGAGAAGGGAGAGAAUGGAGAUGUGGGAUCAAUGGGUCGCGCUGGUCCACCCGGUUCCAGAGGUCCUCAAGGUUCCAGCGGAGCCACUGGAGCUCAAGGCCCUCCUGGUGGUGUGGGUUCACCCGGAGCUGUUGGAGAGAAGGGAGAGACGGGAGAAUCUGGCAACCCUGGUUCCCCUGGAGAGUCCGGCACUGGGGGCUCUAAAGGGGAGAUUGGUGAGAAAGGAGAGACUGGCCCUCCUGGAGCUGCUGGCCCCGCUGGAGGAAGAGGACCGGGCGGAGAUGACGGCCCCAAAGGAAACCCUGGCCCAGUUGGAUUCCCUGGAGAUCCUGGUCCCCCUGGAGAGCCAGGAGUCGCAGGUCUUGAUGGUUUGCCUGGUGACAAGGGAGAUGACGGGGAAGGAGGUCAACCUGGUCCUCCUGGUCCAUCUGGUGAAGCUGGAGUGCCGGGACCUCCUGGCAAACGGGGCUCUGCUGGAAAAGCCGGUCCGGAGGGCAGACAAGGCGAGAAGGGAGCCAAGGGAGAGGCUGGAGCAGAGGGCGCCGUCGGUCAAACUGGACCAGUUGGACCUCAGGGACCUCCUGGAAAAACCGGAGCCGAGGGUUUGAGAGGAAUCCCAGGACCUGUGGGUGAACAAGGACUUCCUGGUGCUUCUGGUCAGGACGGACCCCCUGGACCUAUUGGUCCUCCUGGACUUCCCGGAAUGAAAGGUGACUCUGGAUUCAAGGGAGAGAAGGGUCAUCCUGGUUUGAUUGGACUGAUCGGACCCCCUGGUGAGCCUGGAGAGAAGGGAGACCGAGGACUGCCUGGCCCUCAGGGAUUAGCCGGAGGAAAGGGAGAGGCUGGCAUUGGUGGUUCUGCGGGUCCACUGGGUCCUCCUGGUCCCCCUGGUAUUCCUGGAACUCUAGGACAGAAGGGUGCUAAAGGAUCAAUUGGUACUGCCGGUCAGAAGGGAGACACAGGAACCAUUGGACCACCAGGACCACCUGGCCCUCCCGCUGAGGUGAUCCAGCCUUUACCCAUCCAGCACUCCGGGAAGAGCAAGCGGCAGGCGGAGGAGCAGGCGGACGCAGCCAUGGCUGACUAUGGUCUGGCUGAGGGCAUAGAGGACGUGUUUGGGUCUCUGAAUAACCUCAAGCAAGACAUUGAGAGGAUGAAGUUCCCCCUGGGCACUCAGGACAACCCGGCUCGCACCUGCCAAGACCUGCACCUCAGCCAGCCAGACUUCCCUGAUGGUCAAUACUGGAUAGAUCCAAACCAGGGUUGCAUCGGCGACUCCAUCAAAGUCUUCUGUAACUUCACAGCUGGAGGAGAGACCUGCAUCAACCCAGACAAGAAGUCCUCAGGGGUUAGAAUAUCCAACUGGCCCAAAGAGUCUCCAGGAUCAUGGUUCAGUGAAUUCAAACGAGGGAAGAUUCUGAACUACGUGGACAUUUCGGAGAGCGAGAUCACGUCGGUCCAGAUGACGUUCCUGAAGCUGCUCAGCUCUUCGGCGCGGCAGAACUUCACCUACAUCUGUCACCAGUCCGUGGCCUGGUACGACGCUAAAGACGACGGCCACCAGAAGGCGCUGCGCUUCCUGGGCUCCAACGACGAGGAGAUGUCCUACGAUAACAACCCCUACAUCAAAGCCCUCACAGACGGAUGCUCGUUGAAGCAGGGCUACUCUCGGUCAGUGCUGGAGAUCAACACGCCGCGCAUCGACCAGCUGCCCAUCAUCGACGUCAUGCUCAACGACUUCGGACAGACCAACCAGCGAUUCGGCUUCGAGGUGGGCCCCGUGUGCUUUGCGGGCUAG